AUGUCUGUUCAUACACCAGAUUAUAGCGAAGAUAAUUCAUUUGACAAUCAUUCAUUAGAUGAAGACAUCGAAAAUGAAUUAGUUGAAUCAGAAGAAGAUGGUUUUGCUGAUUAUGUUAGUCGUUUGGAAACCGAACAAAAUGAAAGAUUACAAGAAGAAGAAGAUGAACUUGUUCGAUUAUGGAAAGCAAAAAAUACUGUAUUAUCACGAUUAGAAGGCUCACAACAUCCAAUAUCUUCACCUAUUGAUGAUAAUGGUUCGAUUUCAGAAAUUGAAUCUCGUUAUGAUGAUAAUGAAUCAAUUAUAUCUCGACAAACAGAUUAUCCAAAACUUGUACCAAGAGAUGAAGUAUCAAAAAGUCCACGUAUUAUUUUUUCUACACGUUUACAUAGUAGGCAAUCAAAUCCAAUAACAGCUUCAUCAUUUGUUAAUCGAAAUAUUAAUAAUGCAUCUUCCAUGACAUUUGAUGAUCGAAGUUCUGGCGUAGGUAGUUUAAUACCUAGUCCAGUUCAUAGUCCUGUUAUAUGGCGUUCAGAAAAAAUUCUUGGUCGAGGUUUAUGUUCAGCAUUAAUUGAUUAUAAACGAAUGAAUACUGAAGAAGUACAUCCAGUUAAACGACAUAAUCGUAAUGAUACUUGUUCAGAAAUUGAUGUAUUUAAAAAUGUUAGUAAAUCGAGUGAACAAGGAUUUUUUGCAAAUAUGCGUGCACGUAUGGAAGCUGCAAAAACUGCAAGUUCAAAUAAUACUCCAAUAAGUUUUGAUGAUCAAUAUGUAAAUGUACCAUUAUUAGCAAAUACAAGAAAAACUCAUUUUGAUUAUGAUGAAGAAUUUGAAUAUCAUCAAACAUAUGUUUUACCAAAGUUAAUUCAAGAAGAAAAAGAAAGACAAAAACAAGAAACAACUGUAGAUUUUACAUUUAAAAUUGGUUUAGAUGAACCAAAUACAAAUACAAAUUCCGAUGUAUUAAAUACUGAAGAUGAACCACAUUUAACUAUUAUUGUUGAUAAUAAUAAUAGUGGAUUAAAACGUGUUUGUGCAAUUUUUGAUCAAUAUCAACUUGUUUAUGAUCGAGAAAAUAUUGUGCAGGAUCAAUGGCUCUAUGGUCUUCAAUCAUAUACAUGUCUUCUUAAACAAUCAGUUAAAAUAGUUAAUUCAUCAGUAAUGAAAUUAUUACAACAACAAUUAAAACAUAGUGAUACAUUUUGGCUUUCGAAUGGCUUAAAAAAACGACCAAUAUUUAAUGAUACUUUUUUUAAUAUUGAAGACCAACCGAAUGGUAUCCCAUCUUCAUCUACAGCGAACAAUCCAACAUCAGGAUGUGCUAAUGAAGCUGAAACAUCUGAUAUUCCAACAACACGUCUUAAUAAAUUUCGUCAAUUAGCUCGUUGUUUUUUUUAUAUUAAUUGUCAAAUGCAAUGGUCAUCAGGUGCAUUAGUAGCUAUGAAUUCAUUUUCACCACAUGAAAAAUUAUCUAAAUUACCAUAUCAAAAAUGGCAAUUACGUUUUUGUGAAGAUUGUGUUGAUUUUAUUUAUCAGACAAAAGAAAAAGCAAAUCCAAGGCAUGAAUAUAUUAAACGAUUACAAGCAAAUUUUAUUGAUAAGAGUGUUGUUAUAACAACAAAUAGUGAAGGCUUUGUUCUCUAUAUUCAAAUGAAAGGCAAUGUUAUGGAAAUGACAAAUUUUGAACCAUGGUGGGUAUCACGAAAACUUCGUGAUCAAAAUAAACCUGUUAUGUCACCACGUCAAGCUGUUCAACGUCAACCUAAUACUGGUAAACCUCAACCAUUUUGUUCAACAAUUCGUAUAUCUAUUAAAGUAUCAAGAGUAAAAGAUAGUUCACAACGAAAAAAUGGUGGUCGAUUUAAAGAUCAAACUCUUGAAGAAUAUGAAUUUCGUAUGGAUUGUAUACUUACUAAUAAUAUUCGUGUAGCAUUUCGUGAGUUUCUUGCUUUUUUUUAUCGUCAUCGUAUACAAAUUUGUUUUGCUGGUUCAAUAACUGAAUAUAUUAAGCCACGUUCAGAUUAUGUUGAACGACCGAUAUUUAAUUCAUUUAUAAAAAAUUAUUCUUGGCAAAUGUUAUUAUCCAUUGGUUAUCUUUUUCAACAACGAGUUACACAACAAUUUAUUGAUUAUUUAAAAACUGUUGAAAUAGAUAAUAUAUUUUAUCAAAUAACACUUCAUAUGUGGCGUCGAGCAAAAGAAUAUCAUUUUCUUGAUAUUGAUGGAGAACUUAUGAAACAUGUUAAACGUCUAGAAGAAAUUGGUCAAGAAAAACGAGCAGCACCAUCACAUGUAACAUCAUUAACAAAUCCACCACCAAAUAAGGCUUAUGCACCAUCAGUUACAUUAACACCAACGACUAUAUGUGUUAAACCAUUCAAAUUAGUUAAAACAAAUCGAACUAUACGUGAACCAAAACUUGGUGGCUCGUUGAAUUUUUGUUUGGUUGAAAUACGAGAAGAAACUGGCGAAGCAUUACUUGCAAGUCAUUUCAGUACACUUCGUGGAAAAUUUGAGAAUUAUCUUAAAUAUGGCUUUAAAUUGACAAAUGAUCGUUUAUAUCGACAUCUUCAUCAUUCCCAAUCACAAUUGAAAGAAAAACAAUAUUGGUUUUAUUGGCAUGAUGAAAAAAAUAAAACGAAUUUAUCAUUUGAGGAUGCUUAUAAAUGGAUGGGUGAUUUUGCACAAGAACGUGUUGUUGCUAAACAUUCAGCACGUAUUGCUCAAUGUUUUACAAGUUCAGAUGCAACAAUACGUGUUCCAACACAAAUGACUGAAGUAAUUGAUGAUGUCGAACGAAAUGGUUAUAUAUUUACUGAUGGUGUUGGUACAUGUUCAACACAACUUCGUGAUGAAAUUUGUCAAAAAAUGGGUUUUAGACGUAAAUUUAGUGUUAUGCAAAUACGAUAUGGUGGUUGUAAAGGAACAGUAUCAGUUAAUCCAAACUUAGAUUAUACAGAAAAACAAUUAAUUUUACGUAAAUCUAUGCAUAAAUUUAUUUCAACACAUGAUGUACUUGAAUUAUGUAAAAUAUCAGCACCACGUCCUCUUCAUCUUAAUCGUCAAGCAAUAGCAUUACUUGAAUCUCGUCUUAUUCCUCAUUCAACUUUUCUUCUUCUUCAAAAUCAACAUUUAUUAUGGCUUGUUGAAUCUUUACUUUAUUUACCAUCGACAUAUGAAUUACUUAAUGAACGUCUUUCUCAACAAUUUCAAUUACGUGAUCUUAUGCUAACUGCUCAUCUUGAUCUUAUUCAUGAACCAUUUUUUCGUCAAUUAAUUACAACUAUAUGUAAACUUGAAAUUAAACGUAUUCAAGAUAAAACACGUAUACAAAUGUCAAAGAAUUGUGGUCGUAAUCUGUUCGGUAUUGUUGAUGAAACUGCUAUUCUUCAAUAUGGUCAAGUAUUUGUUCAAUAUACAGAAUUAGAUACUGAACAAUUAGAUGAUUCAACACGACGAAAUGGUGGUCGUGGUUAUAAGCGUGAGGAAGUCAAACAUGUUGUUGUCGGUAAAAUAGUUGUAACAAAAAAUCCAUGUCAUCAUCCAGGUGAUUUACGAACGUUUGAAGCUGUUGAUGUACCACAAUUAAGACAUCUAGUUGAUUGUAUUGUGUUUCCUCAAAAUGGUAAACGACCACAUCCAAAUGAAAUAUCAGGAUCCGAUUUAGAUGGUGAUGAAUAUGCUGUUUAUUGGCAUCCUGAUAUAAUGCCAACAACAGAAAAUUUUGCACCAUAUGAAUAUGAUUCACAAGAAAAACCAAAAAAACUUGAUCGAGAAGUUACACGUGAUGAUAUUACUCACACAGUUCUUGACAUAUCUGAACAAGAUGCUCUUGGUCGUUUAUCAAAUCUUCAUUUAGCUUUUACAGAUAAAUUUAGUAUACGACAUCCUGCAGCUAUUAAAUUAGCAUCUGCUAUUUCCGAAGAAGUUGAUGCUGGUAAAACUGGUAAACAUCCAUUAACAGACGAUGAAAUAGGUGAAUUAUCUCGUAAACUUGAUAAUGAACGAGCAGAUUUUUUUAAUCGACCAAAACAAUUUGAUCUUUAUGCAUCAUCAAAUGCUAUUGGUAUCUUAUUUCGUGCAAUACGUCGUUCAGAACCUGGAUGGGAUAAAAUUAAUCGUUGUUUACAUACAAAAACUACUGUUGGUCUUAUACAAUCAUCACAUAUAAGUGCACAUCUUCAUGUUGAUCCAUUUUUAAUUCAUCCUCUAUCAAAUUUAUAUCGUAAUGAAGCUGAAGAGCUAUUUAAACUUUAUCAUGAUCAAAUAAGUGAUAUUAUGUAUGUAUAUCAUUUUCAUUCUGAAAUUGAUCUUAUAUGUAAAUUUGAUUCUCAACAACAAACAAUGUCGAAACAAUUCGAUAUAGCUGAUUCAGCUCAACUUGAAUUAGGUCAUUUAAUAAAUCGUAUAAAAAGUUUAUUUAAUGAUUGUCAAUUACAAAAUCAUCAUUCAUUCAAAUGUUCAUGUGAUGAAUGUGAUCAACAUCGAAUGGCACGUGCAUCCGCUUGUUAUAUUGUUACAUAUGGACAACAAAAUGCAAAAAAAAUUCUUUCAUUUGCUUGGUUAUUUUCAUCAUGGUUAGUUAAAUUACGACGAAUGAACUUAGAAAAACAAAAAUUAUUAACUCCACCAUCAAAUUAUUCUCUUGUUGGUCAAGCAUUUCUUCAUUCAUUUUUAUUAUUAGUAGAAAAUCAAGCGCUUCGUUAUCUUGUUGAUUUUAAUACGAAUUCAAAUAAACAUACAUGUUUACUUCAUUUUAAUUUUGAUGUACGAAUGAAAAAAUCUAUUAAUAAACGUGUUCAUCUUAUGGAAUGGGCUAUGUUAGAAAUAACAACGGGUUGGUUAGAUAGACAAGAUAUAUUUUCAAUAAAAAAACAUGCAUCAAAAACAUCAGCAAGACCAACUAUACUUUUACGUACAUGGAAACAUAUUGCCGCACAAUUUCUAUUUGAUAAAUAUCGACCAAAAACUUGUUCAAGACUUUUACUUGCACAAAAUAGAUUUGUAUCAAAAGAACAAAUUACAGUUACACAUGAUAAUGGAACAACAGUAACUUUGGGAUUACCACAAUUUGCAUCAUCACCAUCGAUAUCAUCAUUUCCAUCUAUUUCAAAUUGGUGGUCAGAUGAAAUGGCUUGUAAACUUUAUAAAUUAUUGUUGAAUUUAACUGCUCAAUGUUCUCGUACACAUCCAUUAAGUUCAUCAUCAGAACGAAUGGAUAUGGCUCAUCUUAAUGAAUAUUUAACACUUGGUUUGCUUUCUAUUGCUGCUGAAAAUGAAUUUGGUAAUAUAACAUGGCAUUGA